AUGAGUGCUUACGUGACCAGCAUUAUCAUCAAUAUCAGGACGGUCACGGCGUACAACAUGCAGCCUCAGUGCGAGGCCGAGUUCGACGAGAUGGUAAACAUUUUGCUCAAGGAGGGACGGAAACGCGCCCUCAUUGGUAGUAUAGCGAUUGGCGCCAGCAACUUGUUAAGACUGGCUGCCUUCACCCUUCUCUUCUACUACGGCGCGACACUGAUGGAUAGAGAAGGCUUGGACGCCGUCGCUAUGAUGCGAGGGUGCAUGUCCUUCCUGCUAGCAGGCCUGCAGGCAAGAAUGCUGCUCGAAAUGUCUGGAGCGUUGUUGACAGACGCCCGCUGA